GCAGUUUGUUUUGUUUUCUGGACCGCUUUGGACGUGUGCUAUUGGAAGCUAUUGGCGAUUGUUGGUGGAAACGCGCAUAGAAAGAACGGGGCGGCGCGCAGUGAGAAGCGGACGACUGGUACGGCGUUGAACGCCAGUGCGAUUGUGAAAGAACGCGAGUGCACACAACAAGUAGCCGAAAAUGUCCAAAUGAAUUCAACAAAUAAUAGAAAAUUUAAUUAUACAAAUACCUGAGAGCGUGACGUCACCUCGGCGGCUAAAAUAAAAGAUUGGCGAUUAGCGAAACGAUAUUUUCGAAAGUCAAUCACGUUGCGCUUAAUUAACAUUGAGACAAAAUCUAUGAGAAGUUUGCAAAAACCCUACGACUUAUGAAGUGUGAACGUCGCGUGCGUGUGUGUGUGUGUGAAUUGGUGUAAUUAGCAGUUUAGAAAUUUCCGCAGCUCCGCAAUCGCCAUGGCAGCCACCAUUUCUAGCCGUUUAAAACCUCAAGUUCUUGCCGCGCUGACGCUGCUACCGCUGCUUGUGUGCGUGCAGUCAUUAAAGGCAGCGACCCCUACACCGACCUACCCCUGCGCGUAUGCACAAACUGUCAACAUAUCCGAAGGACUCCGGCUCAAAGAUGGCUCUUAUUCAUACGAGGGGCUGCUGAUACCGGCAAAUAUGACAGCGCUCUACACAUUUCAGGUGGUGGACGGCAUUCUCUCGAACGCACCACCACACAUGCGCGGCUGCGUUUGCCGCCAACGGCCUUGCAUCACAUUUUGCUGCCCGCCGGCAAAAGUGUUCGACGAGCUGACGCAGAGCUGUGUGUCACAAGCGUCGGCGUUGAGCGUUCAGCAGCAGCGUCCGCAGCACGCUCACAUCGAAAUCACUGCCGCGAAUGGCAGCGUCAAUAUAGCCAGCAUUCGCGAUAUGUUCGUGAUGCGCUACGAGAUAGGCUGCAGUCGAAAAUACAUCAACGAGGAGAAUGAGAUCUUCUGGAAGUGGGACCUCUUUGCGAAUGGUUCUCUAUCCAGUCAGGGUCGAAUUUGGGACGCCGAUCAGUACUGCUUCACGCCAUUGGAACAUAAAAAGGUCUGGAGCUUGGUGCCGCUCACCUGCGAACGUUCGGCGCGCGGUUUUCGCCUCUGGAUUUAUGUGAUUUGUAUCGCAUUGGCUAUACUUAUCUACGCCUUCAUUCUCCUAACACUCGUCUCCAUCAAAGCGGUGCGCAAUGGCGGCUAUGGUGAAUCGCUUAUUUUCUAUCUGGCCUCUACAAUCAUUGGGCUCUCAGCGCUGCUAUACCUGGCUCUACGUUCGCGUUUAGAUCUUUCUGAAACUGCCUGCCGCAAUAUUGGCUUCAUUGCUUACGUCUUCCUCAUGUUUUCGUUCUUCUUGCUCACCAUCAUCAGCUGGAAUUUUUGGUACAACUUCAAGUCGCGACGUCUGAGCAGCUGGAAACGCAAGUUGAUCUAUAUGCUUGCCUUCGCCUUAGCUGUGGCGCUGAGGUUUCUGUUGAAGUUCAUACAGGACUCAAAUGUUUAUCAGCAGCUGAAACCGGGUAUUGGCGAUGCAUUUUGUUGGUUUGAUGUUCGUUUGUGGGGCAUUUUGUUGUACUUUUAUAUACCCAUUGUGAUUUGUUUGGCGCUCAGCAUGACGCUCUUUUUGAAAACUUAUUUGGCUAUUUGGAAUUUGCCGGAGGAUGUCAUUAAUAUCGCUGGCUAUGACGUAAAGCUGAUAAAAGCACAUUUCUAUGCCUUCUUCGCCUAUCUACUGGGCGCUAUGUGCGUGUGGAUGCGCGAACUAAUUGUCUAUUUGAUAUUCCGUUGGCGCAACAGAUAUUUUAUUAUUGACUUUCUAACUGGAGUUUGCCUCUUCGGUCUCGCCUUGUGUGGACUGAUAUUCUUACUUUAUAAAAAUCCAUUGGUACGCGCUUGGUGGCAUGUAAAUGUAAUACUCCCCUACUAUUCAGGACAUUUUACUUGCCUUACAGGAAGGAAGGGAGAGCUGAAAACGGUGUCUAUUUGACGCAAAUUUAUCGCACCGAACAAGUGCGAACAGACAAACUAAAAGAGGGCUAUAAGGACGAGAUUAAAGAUGAAGAUAUUGCUUUGAAAUGAGACUUUGGUAGAAAUUGUGAAAUUUCUAUAUAAAUUAUGUACAAUUUGAGUAGAGAGAUUAAUGGGCAUAACAUCCAAUGUUUAAUCAAAAAAUUAUUAUUCUUUAAACGGUUUUUCUCCACAUAUAUUUUUUUUUUAUUGUAUUUAAAAAAUGAAGGACAAAUGUAACC